AUGCAGGCACGACUCCUCCAGAUGUCUCUGCUCGCGGAUACCCUCGGGGCCAUCUCUAUGCCCCGCGCGCGUGUGUCGCGCACCUGUCACACGUUCUGCUCUCGCGCUCGAUCCAAGCAGUGGCGCGUGAGUGAGCGAGUGCCACUCAGCAGCUCCACCCCUCCUGUUACUACUCCCCGCGUCGAACCGACAGAAACCGCACAUCAGACACAGUCGCGGUUACACAGAGAAACUGGACUUGGACUUGGUAUGGUGUACAAGCUGAAGAUGAGGAGAAAUAUGAUGAAGAUGGAGGAUGUCUGGGGGUUUAAGUCAAACCGGACUUACUGGACGUUGUUUUUCCUGUGCGCUCUCGUGCCGUUCCCCGCGCGCGCAGAUCUCACUUGCGCCUCGUGCUUCGCGCCAAUUACAAUACCGCUGAAACGUGAGCUACAGGCGCACGCAAAGGAACAAGUAAAGCCAAAGGCUUUUGUCAACCGCCAAUUUGCAAGUGUAACGGUCGACAGUAACGUGAAAAGCAGGAUAUGGGGGCUGGAUGGAGCCCAACUUUCCCCUGAAGCGCAAAGAGACUCUCCUUCGCCGUUCUGGGGACAGAAGCUAGAGAAAGCGAACACAUCCCAAGCGAAGAGGACCGGUCCAACUAAAGAAAAAAACGGAAAGGUUUAUUCAACAUCGUCUCCAGAGGAAACCAAAGUUAAGAGAAGGGAAAAGCGCAGUCUGUUUCCCUAUGACCACGAAAAAAAUGUUAAUAGUUUCCAGGAUGCGGCCGCUCCUCGGUUCGAUCUCAGGCGCACUGGAGGAGCUGACGGGACCGGGAGAGGUCCGAGGCAGGAUGAGCCACACCUGGUCACAUCCACCUUUGCGCUGUCUGGAGAUGCUGCUCAUAAUCAGGCCAUGGUACUAUGGUCCGGACACAACAGCAGUGUGAUCCUGAUUCUGACUAAAUUAUUCGACUUUAACCUCGGAACUGUGACAGAGAGUUCACUCUGGAGGUCUGUAGAUUUUGGGACGACUUACGAGAAGCUAACUGAUAAAGUGAUGGGCCGAACGAUGCUGAGCUAUUUGUACGUCUGUCCGACCAAUAAGAGGAAGAUCCUGAUUUUAUCUGAUCCGGAGGUGGAGAGUAGUUUACUUUUCAGUUCUGAUGAAGGAGCUACUUUUCAAAAGUUUAAUAUUAACUUCUAUAUCAUGAGUCUUCUGUUUCACCCUACGCAGGAGAAUUGGAUAUUAGCCUAUAGCCAUGAUCAUAGGCUGUACAGCUCGGUGGACUUUGGGAAAAAGUGGAUUCUUGUUCAUGAGAGAGUAACUCCGGGACGAUUCUACUGGGCACUUAGUGGUCUGGAUAAAGAGGCAGACCUGGUGCACAUUGAGGCCCGAACUGACAAUGGACAAAUGCAGUAUAUUACCUGCCGAGCACAGAAGUGUUCAGAGGAAGGUAGGCAGUAUCCAUUCAGUGGCCGAAUCGACACCAACUCCCUGGUUGUGCAAGACCAAUACAUCUUCCUACAGCUAACCACUGCAGGUAGAACCACGUACUUUGUGUCCUAUUAUCGAGGGCCCUUCAGGACCAUACAACUCCCUAAAUACUGUCUACCCAAAGACAUGCAUAUUGUCAGUACAGAUGAGGGGCAGGUGCUGGCAGCUGUACAGGAGUGGAAUGAAAAUGACACCUACAGUCUCUACAUCUCUGACACACCAGGAGUCUUCUUCACCCGCUCACUCCCAAACCUCCGCACCUCCCGCGGGCUCGCAGGAAACCUCUUUGUAGAUGUAUAUAAGGUGUUGGGUGUUAGUGGGCUGAUCAUAGCCAAUAAGAAAGAAGACAUGCAAAUGAAAACUUACAUCACCUACAACAAAGGCCAGACAUGGAGCUUACUGCAACCUCCAGCAAAAGACGUAAAAGGACAUGACAUCAGUUGCAACCUGCCAUCAUGCUCCUUGCACCUUCACCUGCAGAUGUCUGAAAACCCCUACAUACCUGACACUAUCUCCACCAAACAGUCCGCUCCAGGGAUUAUAGUGGCCACAGGUAACAUUGGGCCUGAGCUCUCUUUUUCUAAUACAGGAAUGUUCAUUUCCUCUGAUGCUGGCAACACCUGGAGACAGAUUUUUGAAGAAGAGCACAGUGUGUGGUUUUUGGACCAUGGGGGGGCUUUAUUAGCUGUUACUCAAUCAGCAGUACCGACUCGCCAUUUAUGGAUUAGUUUGGAUGAAGGACUUAAGUGGGAUAGACUCAGCUUUUCGUCUACUCCCCUAUUUGUUGACGGGGUUUUGAUGACUCCAGGGACUGAAAAUUUCAUCAUUACAUUCUUUGGGCACUUUAGUUACCACUCCGACUGGCAGCUGAUAAAGAUUGACUACAGAUCCUUGUUUGGGCGGAAAUGCACUGACGGAGACUUUCAGACAUGGCACCUGCAUAACAAGGGCGAGGUGUGUGUGAUGGGAGAAAGACAGGUCUAUAUGAAGAGGAAGCCUGGCACACAAUGUACUCUAGGUCGGGAGUAUUCUCGAGUCAUUUCAGCUGAGCCCUGCAUCUGCACACUCUAUGACUUUGAGUGUGAUUAUGGGUUUGAGAGACAGACCAGUGGCAAAUGUGCACCUGCAUUCUGGUAUGAUGCAAAUUUACCCGCAAACACUUGCAGCCAUGGUCAGCGCUACCGCAACAGCACAGGGUACAGGAAGGUAUUAUUGAAUAACUGUAGAGAGGGUCUGAAGGAUACACUGAGUCCCAGAUUGCAACAGUGCAAGCCCAUUGCUCCCACUGGCUUACAACUCUGCACCAGCAACUCACAACUCACCGCUGUACUGGGAACCAACAUAACAUUCAAAGUAACACUACAAAAUGGUGAAUAUUUGCCUACAAGUCUCCAUGUGGACUUUGGAGAUGGCAUCUCUGUGUCUUACUCCAACAUCAGUCGCCUUGGUGAUACCAUCACCCACACGUACAGUGUCGCUGGGAUAUUUAGGGUCACUGCACGUGCUCAGAACAGCCAGGGGUCUGACAGCAGCUCAGUCUAUCUUCACAUCACUAGUGCCGUGGAGCGUAUUUUUCUCUCAGCACCAGUGGUCAUUAUCAGAGGAAGAGAGGCCAACCUGACAGCAGUGCUGUGGCCCAGUCAGUCCAGGACCGCUACAUUCUACUGGUGGUUCAGUAACAACACAGAGCCACUGAUCACCCUGGAAGGGAGUGUCUCACACACAUUCACGCAGGAGGGAACUCACUCUGUCAUCGUACAGGUGUCUGCAGGAGGUACAGUACUACAGGAUGUUAAAAUCAUCACUGUCAAAGAGUUCUUCCGUUCUUUAUUGCUGUCAUUCUCAUCUAACCUGGAAGAGCACAACCCAUCAGUCGCUGAGUGGAGACAGGAUGUGGGGCGUGUUGUCAGGGCAACGCUCUCUCAGGUUUGUGGCUUCCCUGAGGACCAGUUGUUGGUCUCUGUGUUGCCUGGAUCUCCAACAGCCGCUGAGCUCUUUAUCCUAUCAGAGACGAACCAGUCGGCAUUCAGAUCACACACAGAGGAACAGCUUGAUAAGAUGUCCGAGGUGCUCAUGAAUGCUUUAAAUCAGAACCUGAUCCAGUUUGAUCUGAAGCCUGACACACGAGUCAUUGUGUCUGUGUCUCAGCUCACUCUGGCACCUCUGGUGGACUCCAGUGCUCUGUCCAGUGGCUCUGCCAUGCUGUUACUGGUUUCUCUGGGCCUGGUGGGGUUUGCCAUUCUUUUCAUCUACAAGUUCAAACAUAAAAUCCCAUGGAUCCAUGUGGAGACAGAGGACACUCAUGAGAAGGAGCCAGAGAUGAUCAGUACCGUCGGACAGGAGAAAAACGGCACACAUACACCAGCCACCUCAAUGCCGCCAUGCACCACACACAUCAAGCACACGCAGUUUCCCUCGAAUAUCACAACACACAACAGCUUUAGCCAUCUUCCACCUCCCAGAGAACUGAUGGAAAAAGAACUGGAGGCUCACAACACAGGAAGCCUUGGGGUUGGAGAGAGGCUACGGACCAGACACAUUCCAAACUGCACCAAUGUCUGAAAUGAUGAAGAAAUGUUUGAUGAUGAAAUAUCAUAAUUUCAUAGAGGCUUCAAGGAGCUAUCAGUUGUGUUAGAUGUAAUUACUGUACUCUUUCCUUAAAGGAAUUGUUCACCCAAAAAUGAAAAUCCUGUUAAUGUUUAAUAUCCCUAAUGUUGCUUCCAUAUGCAGUUGUUUUUCUGUGGAAUAUAAAAGGAGAAUUUCAUUCUCCAUUCUGCAUAUUCACACUGGUGUGCUAGGUUCUGUAACAAUACAUUUGAGAGUCAGUGGUGUUUGGCAUCAUUGAUGCAUCUAAAGGCAAGUGUGAAUUACAUUGUUGAGCUUCGGCAGAGGGGAAGAUCAUUAAUUAAUAUUUUAUUACAUUUUGGACUGUUGAUAAGCUUCAGAACACUUAGAACAUAGCACACAAGUUACUACUUUUAUAUUUAUGGAUGGAUGAAUGCUUUUAUUUUGUUUUGUUUUGGGAGGUUUUCUUAUUGUGGAGCUUGACAGCCAUGGUAAAUGGACUAUCAUUGUAUUGAAAGGCCAUGUAAAUUCUUCAGAAUUUUUCCUCUUGUGUUCUUCUGAAAAAAGAACAGCAUUCAUAUUUGGAAAAUCAUGAGAGAGAGAAAAUAAUGGCAACAUUUUCAUGUUUGGGUGAAUUAUUAUUCUUCAGACUUUUCCUGUUGUUGUAAUGCUUUAUCUUUUUAAUAUCGUGGUGUUUUACAUUAGAGCUUGAUAAAUAAAUAAAUCCUUAUGUGUUACUCAAGAAUAUUAUUAAUUACAAGUGUACAUAAAAUCAAAAUCUCUAUCAAAAAUAGCAGAAAGAUAUAUUGCAUCAGCACUUAAUGAAUAGUUUCUAUCACCUCUUAAUACACAUUUUGAAGGUGUUGCUUUGAUCAGUAAAACUGAUCUAUUCUUCCUAGAAUGGUGCACUGAACUCUUUUUGUAAAAUAAAUAUAAAUCAUUCUCUGCAUGCUUGUAGAGACCUUUUAAGCUUAAAAGGAUAGUUCACCAAAAAAAAAUAUUCUCUUUUCAUUAACUGAUGUGCAUGACUUUCUUGCUUCUGCACAACACAAAUAAAGAUUUAAAUAAAGAAUAUCUCA